AGUGUAACCCUCCUUUCAUAACUUCCGGUAAAUUUUCACAUGUUUCAUAUUUUUAGAUUUUAUUUCAAUUUUAGCUUACUGUAACAACGUAAAGAGGAGCUGAGAAGAUGGACGAUGAACAAGAAACAUACAAGUUAUGGAGAAUACGUAAAACAAUAAUGCAGUUAUGCCAUGACAGAGGGUAUCUUGUAACACAGGAUGAAUUGGACCAAACAUUAGAUGAGUUUAAAGGCCAAUUCGGAGACAAGCCAAGUGAGCGUAAACCAGCUAGAAGUGAUUUGAUUGUUCUUGUGGCUCACAAUGAUGAUCCAACAGAUCAGAUGUUUGUAUUCUUCCCAGAAGAACCAAAAGUUGGUAUAAAGACAAUAAAGACUUACUGUCAACGUAUGCAGGAAGAAAAUAUUACUAGAGCUAUAAUUGUUGUACAGAUAGGAAUGACACCAUCAGCAAAACAGUCAUUAACAGAUAUGGCACCAAAGUACAUUUUAGAACAGUUUAUAGAAUCUGAAUUAUUAAUCAACAUUACAGAACAUAUGUUAGUACCUGAACAUGUUGUGCUGAUACCAGAAGAAAAAUCAGAAUUGUUAUCUAGAUAUAGAUUAAAAGAGUCACAGUUGCCUAGGAUACAGCAAGGGGAUCCAGUGUCUAGGUAUUUUGGACUAAAACGAGGACAGGUUGUUAAGAUAAUCAGGAAUUCUGAGACUGCUGGUAGAUAUGUCAGUUAUCGACUGGUUGUAUGAAAUCAUUUCAACAGUCAACAUUUGAAGAAAAGAGCAACAAACUACAACAUUUCUGAAAACAUGAUAUUCCUGUUGACUGUCAGUAUAGUAAUGGCUAUAGACAACAGUGAAACUAGAAUGCUGCUAUUAUACUUUGGCUGAUACAGAGAUGUUAUCAGCUAUUAUUUUGAUAUGUAUUAUGCCAAGGAUGUGAAAAGAGAAAAAAUAUAGCAUGCAUAAUGCUUUUUGAAGUGAAUGUUGAUUUAAAAAUCAUAGACAUUUUCAUAUUUUAAUCAGUAAGGAAAGUUCAUCAAUAAUAAGUAGUCAGAAAAUAUAUAGUAAAAAUAUACUAUAAUUUUACAUAGUUUUAACACAACAGACAAUUUAAAUGUAUGGCCUUGUAGCACGUAAAAUAGUGUUGAAUCUUUUGAAUAGAAAGUUUUGGAUAAAGAAUUACUAUAAACUUAUUCACUUACCCAGUGUUUCACAGAUCGGUAUAUGUUAAGAUUAUUUUUAUGCUUAGUUGUAUCAGUAUUUCAUGACAUCAUUAUACAUUUGUAUUUUACAUUGCAGUGAAAGGAAUGUUCACUUUUUCUUUUACAUAUUUCAUACACAUUUAAAUCUUUGUAAUAAAAAAUUAAACAUAUUGUUGAA